GUCCAUAGAGAGUGCAGAACCUCCAAGUUUAUCUGACCGCAAGUGCCGUAGUUAGUCCGCGAAAAUGCCGCCCGUGUUCUCGCGACUCCUUCCAGUUCUUACAAGCGCAUACACCCUGCAGACAGCUUUUGCUCUCUAUUUUGUUCCCAGAGCUAACGAAAAGUACUAUGACCUCGCAGGCGCAUUAGGUUUCUUGUCCACGACAUUUGUGUCCCUUUACUACCCCUCUCUGAAGACAAAGUUCUGGGAUCACAUGCCUGAUACGAUUUUGCCAGCACUCAGUACCUUUGCUCCAAGGCAGCUAUUGGCGACAGCUGCCCUGAGCAUGUGGUGCAUACGUUUAGGUACAUUCCUAGCCAUGAGAGCACUGAAAGCAGGUGGAGAUUCUCGAUUUGAUGAAGUGAAGCACCAGCCUGGCAAGUUUGCUGGUUACUGGAUGGCUCAGGCGACUUGGGUGUUCCUUGUCGGCCUGCCUGUCUAUCUGGUUAAUACCAUCCCGCCUGCGGCACACUCACCUUUGGGUGCCCGGGAUCAUCUUUCAGUCUCAAUCUUUACCGCCUCCUGGCUCCUUGAGAUCGUUGCUGAUCACCAGAAGACGGUCUGGCGGCGCGCUAAGGACAACAAAGAACACGAUGAGCAGUUUAUUAGCACCGGCUUGUGGAGUUUGAGCCGUCACCCCAAUUACGUCGGUGAAGUAUGCCUUUGGGUGGGUAUAUGGGCGUUGUGUUCGACGUCCUUGACUGCGCCUUACGUCCCCCGGUACACCUGGCUAUUCACCGCAGUCUCGCCCCUCAUGACCUACUUUUUGCUGAGGAAGGUUUCGGGAGUCCCACCAUUGGAGAAAGCUGGCGACAAAAGGUUUGCUGGCCCGAAAUGGGAUCAUUACAAGCGAACUGUCCCGAUCUUUUGGCCCUGGGGAGGGAUGUCCUGAGCGGCAGCUCUUUCGAUAUUUUGUACAGCGGGCUU